GGCAACGCGUCUGUGGCAACUGAACGCGCCUUUCCCGCUGACUGAUCCGUUUUUUGUUCUCCAUUUCUUGCACAGCAACAAAACCGGCUUGCAGGCCUCUAGGCUACCUGUUCAGGCCUCUUUGCGCGCUAUAUAAGACAGCAGAUCCUGUCUUUGGUUCACUUUUCCGCUUCUUAGGCUUCACCAGGCGCUAUUGACAUCAAAACACGCUCAUCAACCAUCAUAUCGCGCUACAUUGCCAGAAAGACACGCGAAUACCAUGUAUACGUCCGCGCAAUCGCGACAUGCGCGUGCAAUCAGUCCACCGCUCUCCGCGAAUACAUCGUCUCAUACAUUCACGGCGACUGCCCAACAAUCAAAGUUGAACGUCGUGACACGUCUUGCUAUCGAAGGCAAAGCGAAGCAGGGUCAAGAUGGCAUUGCAAUCAAGAUGUAUCUCAAGCUUUCAAUACCUAUGGACGCUGUUUCUCCUGGUUCCACAUUACCAUUAUUUCCCGAGGGAAACCUGAAGAUGUUGGGCUCGGAAGUCCACCCAACCGACACUAACUCUGCUCCUUAUAAUUUUUCCUCUACGACCUCUCCGUUACUGAACAACACUGCACGCGCUCUCAAUCUACCGGCACGCUCUCAAAAGUCUUAUCUCUCGGUUUUUGGUCUGCCAACGUCCAGUGCUUCUGUCAUGAGUCCUGCUUCCCGUGCAUCAUCUUCUACAUCGACAUCUCACGUCACUGCAAUCCCGCCUCUGGACGACAAGUACACUGGUCACAUCCUUGUCAGCGGGUACAACAUCUCCUACGUCCUGCCCAAGGAAUUCCCACCACGGUUUGGUGAAGACAGCGCAAUCAGGGUUUCGACAUUCUCUGCCGCAAAGAUGCGUCGAGGCUCCGUAGGAGAGCGUAAUAACAUGCAUUUCAUGGCUGGUCUAGAUCUCUGGGUUCCUUAUAUUUGUCGUCCCCCGAAGGCCCCUUUCCUCAUAUCUAUCCCCAUUCCGCGUUGUUUGUCCAACAAUGUUAGGCUUCGCAUUUUCCCUCCGAGCUCUACAACAACGUCCGCCUCCUUUGCCUCUCUUUCUUCUGCAGAAGAGGAUCCCGGCGCAUGGGAGCUCACGUCUGAGCCUCACGUCACACGAACGACAAGUCGCCCUUCGCGAUCAGGGUCCUACGCAGACAUGGCAGAUGAUGAAUCGUCUGACUCUUCCGCUUAUACAGACCGAGGCUCUGGCGGUAUUGCUAUCCUGGGCACAUUCCCCUCCGCCGAUCGUCUUCGUGUUCGUUGGGCAGCACCCAUGAAGACCAUAGACAGCAAAGAUGGCCGGCGGCGCGUAGGAGUAAAGGAGGUGAAGGGUGAAAUGACGUGUCAUGUUCUUGGAAAAGACACAGACCCCAAGAGUGGAAGGGAAGGGAUCUUGAUGAGACUGGAGUACAAGGGAACGGCAAAAGGUGUUUGGUUUCCUGGUGUGGCAACGAUGCUGGGUAUGGAUGUGGGGCUGGAGGCGCGAGGAUCCGACGUCAUUUGGGCUCCUGCAGAAGAGCCGACAUGGACUGUCGCGGGAGGUACCGGUUAUACGGGCUUCGACAUCAAUCCCCCGUCGACACCGGUCUCGAGACAAGCUUCGUUGGAAUUCCCUCAGACGUCGCCAUUGGAAUUUGCGUCAAAUUCGCGCCUUCAAGCGCCUGCGCCUGCAACACGACAUGACUCGAGUUCUUCGGCCGGCUCGACUUCAUCCUUAUUGCGUGCGCCUCUGCCAGGAGACUCGCUGCCAGACUACUCUUUCGAGAGUUCCCCGACUUCUCUGACACCCUCGGGGACUCUGUCAUCUAUCAGUUCGAUGCCUCUGACGUCGGAAGGACGCAGCCGUGCGAACUCGGAUGUACAGAGCAAUCCUCAUCCCCCAACGUCGUUGACCAUUCACGUCAACAUGAACGAUAUACUCCCUCCAUCAAAAAAUGUCUUCACAUUCAACAUCACUGGCACAAUCCUCAUCAUAUCCCGUCCGCGUGCUUUCAACGGUCACCCCUCGGGUUCAAACGCGAGCCCAGAUGGAGAAGCUGAUCCCAUCCCUAUCGUCUUGCCCCGAUUCUCCGUGCUCGCUGCAGAUGCAGAAACAAUUGCGACGAUCAUCCGCAAUGAGUGCGAAGCUGCAACGGUGGAGGUUUACAACAUAUCAGGCAACCUCCGCGAUGCGCAGACGCGCAGGACUGUCCUGCAGCGUGGAGGAUUAACGCGUUGUGGAUCUGACGGAGGGCGUAUUGCUCUACGCUCCAUUUCAAGAUCGCUCAUUCCAACAAGACACAGUUCCACAGCAGAUGAUACCCUUGAAAAUAUAAGGCGCUCUCCAAGUCGACCACGCACGCCGACGGGGAUGAACCGUGUAGCAACUGGAGUAUCUCUCCCUCCAAUGUUUGGCGCCCUCUCUAGACGAAAAAGAGAUGGUCCCCUCAUGAUCCCUUCCGUCACGGUCGUUGUGACGCCCUUGCUCUUCGAGUACGCAACACCUACCGACUCGUAUGCUGUUCGGGUAUCUCAUCCAGCUCCAUGUGAAAUGGACACAGAUUGGAUGGAAUUUGGACUCGCAUAUGCAGACAACGCGUCAUCCAAGGAUUGCGGGCUGCCAUCUGUGGAGAUCGCGAGCGUGAGUAUCGACGGCAUGCCUGUCCGGUUCGAAAUAAGCGCAUCUACCAAGCACGAGGAGGGGUCAAAUAUCGACUUGUCAUCCUCUCUUGAUAAGUUAGGGAGCAAGAGUUGGGUCGCCUGGGUCAGGGUUCACGUGGGCGAUCUCAUCGGGGACGUUCAGAUCGACUAUCUUGUCAAGACCUCCAAUGACGGUCUCCGCCGAGGCAAAGACAAAACCAAGGGUGACGGAUACGUGGGCAUACUGCUGCCCACGUUCACGAUCCCUGUUGGCAAACUUGAAGUUACCGUGGAAUCCUCAACAGGCCUAGACGCACAUUCUAUACGCUCAAACCUCGCUCACCAACACGCAUCUAAACAGGGCAGCAGAUUGGUCCAUUACAUAUUGGAAGAAAUGUUCACCCCCACACUAUCCUUGAAGGCCCAGCCGCAUGUUCACCGCUUUCACAUCAGCGGCCGGUUUCUGGGGAGACUGCUUCAAUUUUUGAUAUGGACAGCGCCCGCCCUUCUUGUUCUCAUGGUGCUACUCAAUCUCGGAGCAGAAUUCAGGCAUAUGAGGCACUCCCUCGAUCGACGUACGCCACUUGGUGAUCCAGAUCGGCACAAUCAUCCUCCGGUGUCGAUCGAGACGGUGUUCAUUGCCACGACUAUCUACGCGCCUCCGCACGCUAAGCCUUCGGUUGGCUACACAACAGCCUCGACCACACCAUCAACAUCAUACUCAAUACCGCCGGCAGUGAUGGAGGGUUCUAGAGCGCAUACCGCCCUAAGCUCCUUGGUUUCCCCGCCUCCAUCGCCCCUUUCAUCGGGAACAGCUACGGAAAAAAUGUCACCCUCACUCACACCCACACCCACGCCAACCUCAACUUCAGAUGAGAACUCGCUUUCUCUCAUCGACGUCCUACCCUUUACUUGGCCCUUGAAAAUGGAUCUUCCCCCGGUCGCACAACAGACGGUAGACACAGUUCUCGAAGGGCUUGGUGUUGUUUGGCAGGUCUUCCGGAGGGUUUAUCAUUAUCCUUUAGAUCCCCCUUGACGAUUUACUCGCGCUCCGUAUCAGAUAAUAG